AUGUAUCAAAGGAGGGGUGGGACCUAUCCGACUUUUGAGGUGGUUCUGUAUACAUACGAGGUGAUGAGGGAGCUUUUGGCUGAGCGGAGUGUAGGUGAGGAUGUUGUUGGUUUGGGGGAUUGGGGGAGAGAGGAUGAUGAAGAGGAAGAGGAAGAGGGGCUGAGGGGGAUGAAGAGGGAACAAAGAGAAGAAAAAGGCCAACUCUUCAACUUCACCUGAAUCUACGAACUCGUUGUUGUGGCUUUGGUGUACAGAAGGUAUGAGUUU